GUUUAAUGGUUACAACUUACAACACCUCCUCUUUUUUUUUCCAUCUCUCUCUCAUUCUCUCUCUUCGUCCUUUCUAUUUUUAUGCGUUGUGUGUUUUGUCUGGGGCGGAGGGACGAGGAACGAUGAAGAUGAACAGCCAACCGCGGCUUCCUCCUCCUUCCUUCUCUCUCUGAAACUGGAGAAGAAGCAGUAGACGAAGACGAAGAAGCCGCAGCAGCAGCGGAGGGAGCUGUGGCAUGGAACAAGAACUGGCCAUGCUCCGCCAGCUCAUUGCUCAGCUCCAAGACCUCUUGAACUUCUACGGCUCUCCUCCUCCGCCGCCGCUCCGACAUCUCAACAACCACCACCUCCUCCUCCCUCACAAUGACAGGUUGUCGAGGUUAAUCUAGUGUCCGUGUGAGUGUGUGAGAGUUCGGUCAGUUAGGUGGAGUUGAGAACUGGAAAAUCGAAGGAUUUCAGAUUUUCCCCCUGCCGUGUGAUGGCACGCAAUGUGGAGGUUUUUUUCGGUUUCAGUUCUGUACAUUUUCCGGGAAUUUUUUUACUUCUGAAUUGCUUUACGGCCACUUGUGAUGAAUUCAUAUUGUAGCUCCAUUUCUCCAUUUCCUCCACUGCUCAUGAUUGCCUCCUCUUCUUAAUCUGGCCUGUUCUAUGUAUUCUGAACCUCGGGAUUUUCGUUUUCUAAUGAUUCAGUUUUGCGUGGAGUGUAGCUGAGUUUUUCGGGUUCCAUUUUGUUGCUGGUGUUGAUCUUACCUAUCAUAUUUCGUGCCUUUUUCUUCAUUUGGUAGUUCCUUGGUUGUUGAUUGUUCAAGAAUUAGAGUUGGUGCACCUUAUUCUGUAGGCUAAGGUGCCAGAGUAUCUAACUACUUUAAGGUUUUACCUACCGGCGAUUUGGCUCAAUGAUCUAGCAAAAUGCUACCUUAUCAAUGUAUCUAGUUGGGGCCCUCUGAAAGAUCUCUUAUUUGGUACUGUAGUUUGUGGCAAUUUUGGUGUUAUAGGCAUGUAUGUGUUGGAUUGUUAGUGAUGGGCGUAUGAAUGAACGAAUUGUGAUUGUCACUGAAAGAGAAACACAAGCUUGUCAUGUAACUACUUUCUCAUUUGGAGAUUUUCCUUGAAUUUGUCUAACAGUUCCACACAUUUUGUUUUUGCAGUAUGAAUUCUAAAGAAGUUCUAUAUGAGAUUUUGCUGGUUUUCUAUAUACUUGGCAGAGUCAUAGAAUAUCAGCGAAAACCUUUUUACCUUCUCCAAAUUUCUUAUCUAAUCAUCCUUCUGCUGACAAGCCAUAGAGCUCGUUCAUUCUAGCAGAAAAUUUUCAUUCCAGCAAUUCCAGCUACAUUAUGGUAACAUCACCGAGCUCAUUGUUGACGAUAACCUGGCUUUCUGAUAUACUGUGUAGUGAGCUUUAUUGGGUGAUGCCUGAUACUCCUAGUAGUGUUGAUUGUUGAAUCUGUUGAGGAUUUAUUUGUGAAUCUCCCCACUUACUGUUGGAGCCGUAGUUGUUGUCCUAUACGAGGAGCUGAAUGCAGUUCUGGUAACUAUUGUCAACUAGAUGCAGUCUCUAUGGUUGUCAUCAUGAUUGUGGACAGAGGUAUGGAAGUCAGUAGCACUGCUCAUAAACUUCCAGACCACGAAUAUGGAACUUAGAAGCCAUCAAACAGUAAAUCCUAGAUCCAAUGCUGUGUCCUCAACAUGGAAGAUGGCUCUGCAGAUGACUACUGCGGUCUCCUGAUGGCUGCCGAAAAGCCAGAAACUUUCACAGUGUUGGAACCCACCAAGCCUCCACCCGCAAAGAAAUUACGGAAAGAGCGUAGUACUCGAGGCAAAUUCCCUUGCCCUACUAGCACAACAGAGGCCAUGGAAGCUGAAAUCUGGAAGGAUUUCCCAGAAGACCUCUUCCAACCCGUCAUUGCCAGACUACCCGUUCCUACAUUCUUCCAGUUCCGUUCGGUCUGCAAGAAAUGGAACUCUUUGUUGCACUCUGAGAGCUUCUACCACCACUCCACGCGAGCGCCACAACCCGACCCAUGGUUCUACACAAUCACUCACGAAAACGCUAACUCGGGAGCCAUGUACGAUCCUUCCUCGAAGAAAUGGUACCACCACCCUACGGUUUCCUCUCUCCCAGAUAAGGCGAUCGUCUUGCCGGUGGCUUCAGCAGGAGGGCUUGUCUGCUUCCUCGAUAUCGGCCAUAGAAACUUCUAUGUCUGCAACCCUCUAACUGGUUCUGUCAGAGAGCUGCCUGCUCGUUCAGUCAAGGUAUGGUCCCGUGUUGCCGUUGGGAUGACCUUCAACCGGAAUGCGUAUAAGAUUCUAUGGGUGGGUUGUGACGGUGAGUACGAGGUUUAUGACUCGAUCAGCAACUCGUGGACUCGACCUGGUUCAAUGCCGGCCAGCAUCAAGCUUCCGUUAUCUCUAAACUUCCGGUCUCAGGUGGUUUCAGUUGAGAACACUCUGUACUUCAUGCGCUCUGAUCCCGAGGGGAUUGUCUCGUAUGAUGUGGCUUCCGGAAUGUGGUCCCAGUUCGAGAUUCCUGCCCCCUUACAUCUGAACGAUCAGGCGCUGGCAGAGUGCUCUGGCCGCAUCAUGCUGGUGGGCCUGCUGACGAAGAAUGCAGCGACGUGUGUGUGUAUAUGGGAGCUGCAGAGGAUGACGAUGCUGUGGAAGGAGGUAGACAGAAUGCCAAACUUGUGGUGCUUGGAGUUUUACGGGAAGCACGUGAGGAUGACUUGCUUGGGCAACAAGAAAGGUUUGCUUAUGCUGUCAUUGAGGUCGAGACAGAUGAACCGGCUGGUCACGUACGACGUGGCGAGCGGUGAGUGGGAUAAGGUUCCAAGUUGCUUGGUGCCAAGUGGAGGUAGGAAGAAGCAGUGGAUCGCCUGUGGCACUGCCUUUCAGCCUUCACCUACUGCCGUGGCCUGAUAUUCAUCAGACUCCCUCCCUCUAUGUAUGGUUCCGUUCUUAAACUCCUUUUUCUCUUUUGUUUUGAUCGACAAACGAACAAUCUGUAAGACUGCAACUGUCUGCAUCCUGUUUCGUCGAUCAAGUAGAAAACGGUGCAUUCGUUUUUCUUUGGUUUGUAGCCGUUGAUUGUACAGACUAUGUUGUGAACGAAUAACUUGUUAUGUUUGCAGAGACUAUUGAAUUGCUUGCAAUUGGUUGAAAGUGGCAGUCUGAUCACUGAUGGUUUUCCUGGUGAUUGAUGCAUUUUAACUCCCCGUUUGUUAAGCAAAUUCGUGUCAUUUUCACUGUUCGGGGGCACAUCGGAUCGACUGUGAGACACACAAAGAAGGGGCGAGCUUAGGAG